AUGGCUCUAUCAAGGCUGGUCCUUUUCACAUCGCUCCUCGCCGCCUAUACUUCGGCUGUCCCUCUGAUAAAACGCGCCACCGACGUAGUUCAAGGGAAACUUGGGAGUGACGGGUUCUGGAAUGACUACGACGGUGGUCAGAACAGUUAUACACUGUACACGGGCAACGGCUCGAUAGCGUCAGGAUGGCCGUCGAGUCUGUCGUGGAUCUCGUUCAAUGACAUGUGGGUGGCCAACCAGAAGAUCAUAUCUCGAAGUUGUAACAACCUCUACAAACAACCCAACAACUCGGACCGGGAAAUCCAAGACCUCUACGACGCAAUCAAACAGGUGUCCCAACAGACACGGGUGGACCACCGCUUUAUUCUGGCCGCCGUGAUGCAGGAGACGGGAGGUUGUGUGCGUGCUAAGACGACCGUGUCGCCCGACGGCACCGUGAGGAACCCAGGACUUUUGCAGUCCUUCAGGGGGACGCACUCCUGCAACGACGACGGCAAAGUGCAGAAUCCAUGCCCGAAGGAUCAGAUUCUGGGCAUGAUUCAGGAUGGAGUGGCUGGCACGGCUAGCGGCCACGGUUACGCAAGCGACAUCAAUGCCCAGGCUGACAUUGCCGGUAUCGACUACGCGGAGGCAUACUAUCGCGGAGCACGACUGUACAACUCUGGCAUUAUCGACGAUUCGGGGGAUCUGGGCAAGGGCCCAGCCACGCAUUGCUACGCCAGCGACAUCGCCAAUCGGCUGACAGGCUGGACGGACGCCCCAUCCACAUGUACAUUGGAUUCCAGCAGUUAA